CACAACACUUAUGAUGACACUAUUCGAAUCAUGGAAUUGCUAAGCAAUUUCUUGUUUCUCAGCGUUGUAGACCAUCCAGAUUAGUUACGAUCUAAAUGCCAACUCCGCCCAGAGGAGAGUUUGGCAUGGAAUGUUUGAAUGUUUGUUAACUGCAGUCGCAUAUAAAUAGAUGUGAUACCGUUUGCUGAGCGCCCGAACUUUGUUCACGUUCAAAUUUCAACCUAGAGAUGCUACGAACAGUCGUCUUCAUCAUUCCAAUCGCUGUUGCCCAGUAUGCUAACUCGCAAACUAACUCUAACAACGAGCCAGGAUAUUUACCCGACUACCAGGGUGAUAGUUAUACGAAUCAAGGACGAAUCGCCGAGACACAAGCGCUAAACAGACCAUUUUUCGAUACGCUCGGCUAUGUACCUCCAGCUCCACCUCAGACUCCAGCAAUGGGAGGUUCCGGCACAGCUGGUUCUUACGGCACCAACUCUGCUGGGUAUGCAAAUCAACAGUACAAUCCAGGUUCGUCGUACUACAACACUCCGGCUACGUCACAACAGUACUAUAAUCCCAACUCAAACUUGAAUUCGGCCACUAAGAACUACGACCCAGUGAUAAAUACAAAUGGCUACACUCAGCAGACACAAUCAAAUCAGCAAUACGCAGCCGGUAUCAACCCAAAUGUACAGUAUGGAUAUUACGGUACAAAUCAGAUGUACAAUCAACAGCAACAACAGCAACAACAGCUACAGCAACAGCAGCAACAACAACAGUACUACGGUAGUCAGCAGUAUGAUAGCAGUAACUAUCAAAGUUGGUGCUGUGGAGCCUCUUCUACCUCGUGCUGUUAUCAGAGCGCCAAUUCGAUGCAGUACUACGAUCCCAGCGUAAAUGGGAACCAGUAUGCAGCUGGGAAUAACAAUCAACAAUAUGCCUACAGUAGCUCAACAACCAAGUCACCGUACACCACAACCACGACGACGAAAAUUACGGGAAGAGGAAGUGAUUGUUAUCCUUUUAGGCUUCCAAUAAAUUUUUUUAGAUAA